GAAGAUCUCUCUCAGAAGAUUUCACUUGAUGACCAUGGCGUAUCAAUGCUCAUUCCACCCGAGGCUGUACAUCUGGGUGAAUCGCAAGAGAUCACCCUAACCCUUCUACGGGACCCUCCUUGUGUUGACAUCCAGGAUGAUGAAUCAGUGGCCUGCUAUGGGGUCAGAUGUGAUCCUCCAAACAUGAUAUUCCUGAAACCUGUUAAGAUCAGGAUACCUCAUGCUGCACUGGUCACCAACCCAGAUAAAGUUAAGCCAGAUAUCGUCUCAUAUGAAUGGGAUCCAGUUAAUGAUCUACCAAAAACCUCACGAAGGAGAUCAUCCAACUCUCCCGACAAACCACCACAUUGCAGGGUCUGCAAAAGCCAUCUUGAGCUGUACAUCUUACACUCUGCAAACUGGUUGGUUCUAAUUCCCCUUGAGCAAAAUGUGGUUAGACACCGACUUUUGUGCACGCCGUAUAUUCCAGAUAGAAUAAGAGAACUAAGGGAGAUUAAAGUCCACCUUCGACUACAUACCAACCUUCCUGGAAUUGAUGUGGAAAUACAAAAGGAGGAAAAGAAGCAAUCUUACCACAAGGCUCAUCCCUCCAUUCCCAUUAGCAUUGCCUCCAAGACUGGGAAUGUCAAUGUAGCAUGUUAUCGUGGUGAUGAGGAAGUGGACAAGAAGGUACUCCUACUCAAAGACGUUCAAAGUAGAAUGCAACACCGAAUUGUUCUCUCCGUACCUUCGCAUAAAGAUGACACGGAUCCCCCAGUGACAAUCAACAUUACACAGACGGGGAAACGGGUCGAUGUUUCAGUAGCUAUCAGUUUUGUCAUUAGAUGCUCUGAUGAACAGGAAUUGGAACCCAUUGCUUUUAGACGAAUUAUUGAAGAAGUCUCAAAAGGUUGCCUCAAUGAAGUUCAUGUCCUCGACAUUGCUGAAAAAAUGACAGUGAAUCAGUAUUAUGAUUUAGGAGUAGCUCUCGGUUUCCCGAUCCCACAGUUGGAUGCUAUAGAGUACCGAAGUUUGGGAGACAGACAGCAGGCCUUCUAUGACAUACUAGUAAAAUGGCGGCAGACACAAGCCUCUGGUCAAGCAGCAGUGGAGAAACUAAUCUCAAUAAUGACAUCAUUGGACUCCAUGGAUGAAGAUCGGUGUGCAUUACAAGCAAGUUCAUCGGGGUAA